AUCAAGUUUAACUUUAGUUCAAUUCUCGCACCGGUUAUGGUAACUUUAGAAAAAAAAGUUGAACAGUUUUGUUUCUUUCUCCCGAAUUUUGAUCUAAUUUAUCUUCAUCGAACAUUGUGAAUCCAAUUGGACUUAAUAACAAUCAGUGUGUUUGUGUUACAGCAGAAGAGAAAAAUUUGAAGAAAAUGUUGAUAAUCUUAUCAACAAAUCGACAGCGACAACGAUGAAUAUGAUUUUACCAGUGUUCGGUGGUUUCUGUGUCCUUCUACACAGAUUAAGAUCAAGGAUCAUCUUAAUCUCUUUGUGUUUAAUUGUUUUCACCAAUUUAAAUUCAGUUGUGUCUCUCAAUACCUUGGAACAAAUAACCUCAUCAUCUAAUCAUAGUCAACAGACUGUUAAUCAUAUUGCUCGUUAUAAGACAGUCUAUGCCUGUGAGGGUAAAGUGUUGGAGAUUAUUUGUGAAGAAGGUUAUCUAAUCCACUUAAUCCGUGCUAAUUAUGGACGAUACAGUAUUUCAAUUUGUAAUGACCAUGGAAACCUUGACUGGAAAGUUGAUUGUACUUCCCCUCAUUCAUAUGAGGUUAUCAGUAAAAGAUGCCAUUCUAUGAGAGAUUGCAACAUCACCGUUUCUAGCAAUAUAUUUCAAGAUCAUUGUCCAGGUACCUACAAGUACCUGGAGGUGCAAUAUGAUUGUCUACCAAAAGUUAUCCAGAAUUUAGAAUCAACAGUUGAUAGUAAAUCUUGGUUAUCAACGCAUAAAUUGAAACCUGGAAAUUCAGGUUUAUCAUCAUCUUCCUCAUUGAGACAUGAUGAUGUUUCUCAUCCAUUAUCACCAACCUCUCGUCCGCCCAUCAUAGUGCCAAUAACAAGUACUACUCGUGCUAGUACAACAUCACCACCUCCACCGGUGGUUUCACCAUCAUCAUCAGGAUUAUCACUUGGUGGUGGUUCAAUUAAUUUACGUACAUUUACAUCAACAAUGUUUCCACCAUCAACAGUAUGGAAACAAUCAAGUGAUAAUUUCCCAUCUCCUCCUCCUCCUCCACCAACAUCAUCAUCAUCAACAACAAAAGCACCUUCAAUAGCAAACCAAUUUCAUCAUUGGAAUACCAAUGGUGGAAACGGAAAUGAUGCCAUCAACCAAGCAGUAACCAUUUCAACAUCAACCCCUUGGAAAUCAACUAAGGUUAAGAUAACAAAUGGAAAACAACAACCAACACCAAUGCCAAAUUAUCAUUCAACAAUAUUGCCAAAUACAUUGAUUGUAUCAUCAGCAAUCAACAAUAAGCACCAAUCAUUAGGAUCAAUGGCAUCAUCAUCAUCAUCAUCAUCGACUACAACAACAACAUUAGCACCUUCAUAUGAAGGUGAUGGCUUGAAACGAGCAACAACAAUAUUCCCUUGGUUGAAAGCCCGAUUACCUCCCAAUUCUGGAACACAAUCAGCUGGUGAUGAUCAUCAUGAUAUUCAUGAUUCAUUUUCCCAAUCAACAUCUUCAUCAGAUAGUGAUUCACAUUAUUCUGGUUAUCCUUCCGGUUCCAUUUGGAGUUUUUCACCAAAUAUCAAUGCAAGUGCUUCCAAAUUACCUUCAUCAUCAAGCUCAGACAAUUCUCGUAUCAAUCGUUCCCGAACAACUAAUUUAUUGAUCAUCGUAUUAAUCUCAUCAAUAAUUGCCAUCAUCAUCUAUAGUAUAACAUUAUUACUGUUAAUCAUUUCAAGGAUUACCAAUCAUCGGCAGAUUAUCCAUAAGAAUAUCUGUUUUAUAUUAAUCUUAUCAAGUGUUAUCCUUUCAAUCAUAAGCCUUGAACCUUGGACAGAAUCAACAUCAUCCAUAUGUAAUACCAUAGGAAUUUGUCUUCACUUUCUUGUUCAAGCGAUUUUCAAUUUAAUCUUUAUUGACUCAAUUCGGGUUUACUGCUGCUCAGGUUCACCUUUACCUGGAUCAUCAUCAUUGACCUCUUCCACAUCAUCAACUUCAUCAACUUCAUCAAACUCAUCAGCAACAUCUUCAACCUCUUUCUCAUCCUCAUCACCUUCAGCCGCAUCUUCAGCAUCCUCAUCAUCAACAACCGCCUUCUCAUCUCACCUUGACUGUGAUAAUAAUAAACAAAUUGACUCACCAUCAUCAACUUUAUCAUCAACAGUAAACCACAAUCAGCCCACCUCAAUAUCAACAACUAACGGUAAACAAUCAACCCCCACAACCACAACCAUUCAAUCAGCUCUUAGUUUAAUAUCAAAAGAAUCGGUAACCCUUUACCUUGUUACCUAUGGUUUACCUGUUAUCACAAUAGGAACAAGUUUUCUAAUCGAUCCAACUUUAGUUUAUCGUGGAUUAACACCAGGAUCAGCUGGUGGAUUAACAUCAUCAUCAUCCUCAUCUUCCAAUAGUUUAUUAAUCACUUUAUGUUGGUUUUCAUCAACAUCAAAUCAUUUCUUUCAAACAUCACUCUGGGUAUUUUUACCAACCUUUUUAUCAAUCUUUUUCACUGCCCUUCUAAUUUUGCUGACAAUUUAUGCUAAAAUGAGCCCAUCAUCAUCAUCAUCAUCCCCACAACCACCACCACCACCAUCAAUCCAAGAAAUAGGUUCAUCCAUUGUACCUCCACCUUUAAACCUUCAACCACCACCAUCAUCAGGAUUACCAAUAUAUGGAAGUGCUCAUUCCCAUUAUAAUCAACAACAAGCCUCUCAAAAUCAAUCAAACAAUUUAAUUGAUUAUAAGACUGGUUUAAAUGUAACUGAUUCAUCAUCUGUAUCAAUAAUUCAACAAUCAGGUUACAAUGGUAAUAAUACUCAACAAAGGACUGUACCAACAACAGGUAAUCGCCAUAAUUCAGGUCAUCGUCAUCGACACCGUAACCAUAAUAAUAAUCAUCGGCAUCAUCAUCAUCAUCAUCAUCAUCACCAUCGUCGUCAAUUUGAAAACAAUUGGCAGCCCACACUUUAUUUAUUACUAUUAGAAUGUUGUUUCUGGUUAAUGUUUAACAUUUACCUGACCACAUCGAUAACCAAUCUAACGGUGACCAUUAUUUUCAGUUUACUUAAUGUCAUCUCAGCGGCGGGACUUUGUACCAUUACAUUUGUCCGUAAUCGACGGGCAAGACAUAAUGUACGUAAAUGGUUGACGACAGUUAAAUGGUUACCCUCGUGUUUAAGGUUUAACGGUUCAUCCAAUAUUGGACCAUCAGGUACAACAGGUCCACUUUCAUCAGGUCAUAAUCUUGGUUCAAAUGGAGCAGCACCGAUGACCGCUUGUUUCUAUUCUCUUGACCCUUCACAUUUAAUGUCACCACCAAGUCCAAUUAUUAAGUUAACCUCAUCUCUUUCCAAUUGCUCAUCUUCACGUCUUCAUGGUAUCAAUACUGUUAACAAUACUAUUAAUCGAUUACAGCAUCAUCAUCAUCAUGGUCAACAACAACAACAACAGCAACAACAACAUAAUCUUCAUCAUCAACAGCAAUUUAUCCGUUCACUGAAUGAUGCAAAUUCAAAUAAUACUUUACGAGCUUCACAAGAGACACUUUCACUUCAUCAUCCCUCUCUUACAUUGGGUGGUGGUGGUGGUGGUGUUGGAGUUCUCGGUGGUUUACCGAGACACAUACCGGAAGUGAGUCCAUACGCACCACCGGUUCCAAUAUAUUUACAUGAAUAUGAAGAUAUCUCAUCAAAUUUGGCCACCGAAAGUUAUUCAUUCAUUGGACAACCUCGAGUCGGUGAACCAACAAACUCAUAUUAUUAUCAUACCACAAGAUCACCAAUUUAUUAUUCUGAUCGUAAACAAAUUUCACCUUGAGUGCAUCUGGAAACGAUAAAUUAAUACUGAAUCUACAUUGUAUCUCACUCAGAUAUAUCAUGGAGAUGUAAAAAAUUGAUGAAAAAAGGCACUAAAGUGACAAAGAGACAAUAUUGAGAUGUAAUAAUUGUAAAUCUAAUUUUUUUUUCUCAUGAAUGGAAAACAAUUUGAUACUAUUUUUGUAUAACAAAUGAAAAACAUGGAGACUCGCACAUGAAAAUCCUCUGAAGUCGCCCUGAGAAACAUGGACAGCCUCAGAAUCAACAAUUGAAACAUUGGAAAAUACAUUGAUUACUCUAAUUGUAAUAAAAAUUUACUCCAAUAAUUUGUAUUAUAAAAACCUAGUCGUUCUCACUUUUCUCUCUCUCUCUUUUUGACAAAUUUAAUAUAAUAAAAAGAAAACACUAAUUACAAUUCAA